UGUUGGGUGGACAGUGCAGCCAUGAACUGCCAGACCCCAGGCAGGAGUUGCAGACAUGAGGACGCCUGUGUUGCUACUCUCUCUCCUUAUUGUCUCCCUCGGAGAUUCCAUCUGCGCCCUUAAAACGAAGGGUGCCUCUCCCGAGAAGAUGGAGCCAGCCGGACAACUUGGACUUAUUCACAGAGAGUUUAGGGUGGGAGGCCACCCCCAGGAGCACGAGCACGGACGCACAUCCCAUGCAGUCUGCCACAUGCUUCCCAACAGCGCCCCCGGAGCACCGGAACUCAGCAACAUCACCGGGAAUAUUCGGAUCAGGAGGCAGAGAGGGAAUGGGACGGAGGUGAUGUUGGAUCUUUCUGGAUUUCCCGGAGGCAGGAGGGCGCACGCCAUUCACGUGCACGAGUUCGGGGACCUCAGCAACGGCUGUGAACUGCUGGGGGGACAUUUUAACCCCCACAACAGGAAGCACGGCAGCCACGCGGGAGAUCUUGGGAAUGUCCAGCCUGGGCCAGACGGCUCUGUCCAUGAGACACUGACCGGCAUCUUGCUGCAGCUGCAGGGGCUGCACUCGGUCAUCGGGCGAUCGAUUGUGGUCCACGAGGGCGAAGAUGACUUGGGUCGCCACGACGAAGAUGGGAGCCACACGCACGGCAACGCUGGCCGGCGCCUGGCCUGCUGCGUGAUCGGGGUCAGCUCCGGCCGCGGCUGGCCCGUGCACAGGCCCCAGCGCGGACGCCCGGUGCAUGUCAAAGAGCACGCGGGACACGGUCGAUGGUGAAAACGCAGUUUGCCAGGGCGGUGUGGUGGGUUGAGGGGAGGGGGUUCCAUUGCUGGGGCUUAGCGGGAUAGCUCCGCGAUCGCCCGGGGAGAAUCCGUGGCAUUGCUCCCGGUGCGAGCGGCCCAUCCCUGACGCCGAGCGGAGUAUGUCGCUCGAGAUGGGGAUCGUGGGAUGCAGUCUCAUGAGACCAUCGGAUCACGCGUGGGGGCACUUGGGGAAACCCUCGGCCCUUCCUCCCAGACCCACAAAACCCCCUGGGUGACCACCACUGACGGGUCCUGGGGCAACUGUUUUGAUACACUGGCAUCAGUCGCUGACCUUCCCCUGGGCCUCGCUAUCCCAGCUCUCCCUCUGUCCCACAAAUAAAGCAACAUAAAUAACA